UUAGAAUUCACGCACGAAAACGAACGGUGACUGUUUAGCAGCAUGCAGCAUGCUGGUUGCACGCGUCUUAGCAGUUCCGCCAGUUAGAGUUGGGCUGCGGCCGUGAGUUGACGUCUGUGCAAAAAAAUUGUGAACGGUUGAAAAAUUAUUGACUGAGAAAUGGGUGAGAAGAAGCGAAAACAGGCCAAAUCGGCUGAUGCAGAGAAUAACGAGCUUGGACAAAAUUCUCAAAAGGCAGAAAUUCAAAAAUUUGCGAAACAAUGUAAAAACGAGAUUUCAUAUAGAAACUUGUGCCAGUCGAUGGCCCUCACUGUUGUUUUUUUCAUUCUUCAUGUCGGCGGAUUGAUGUACGAAUUUUAUUUGAUUAUUCACCAUUACAGCGAGAAAGAUUAUUGGUAUGGCCGGUUCAUCUCGCUGUUUGUCGUUAUCACUUCAUUUUUAAUGACUGCUAGAAGUUACUUUUUUUAUAAUGAAAAAAAAGACACGUACAACGCCAGAAAUUGGUUGCCAGACGAAGAGUAUACAUAUUUCAACUGGGCAAUCAAGUGGAUAUUGGGUGCUGUUUGCCUUAUUCCUAGGUAUUUUUUUAUAAUUAAAUUCACCUGGAAAUCAAUGCAAGCAAAAAAGAGAAUGAAUGACGCUGCCAACGACAUUUAUUUCGUCGCCAUGAUUUGGGAAGGUGCGGAGUUGACUAUACUAUGCCAGUUUGAUUGCUUCGUGAAAUCAGCCUCGCAACUUUUGCUAAACCUUUACGUCGCGGAGAAAGAUGGAUUUAAUUUUAAACAUUAUUCGUCUAUUUUUUUAAUUAUAUCCGCCACAAGUUUGACAUUGUCAUUGGUCUCUUAUGACCAGAAAAUCAGUUUAAUGAAGGGAAUCGAAGACGACAAUGAAAACCAAAAGAACCGAUCGAAUGGCAUCGUCAUGGAUUUCCAGACGUUUCCUGACAGUGACAAUCCUACCAUCAAUUGCAUUAAACAGAUAAAUUGGAAGAAGAGCUUCAUUCUAUUCUUCGCUAAUUCAUUUUCCAUAGUUGCGCGAUUCACUGCCCUAAGCUUAUUUUCGUCCGUCUACGGUUGGUAUAUUUGGCCGUACUGCCUUUCCCACCUGAUCAUAACAUUCAUCUUGCAUUGGAAAAAACAUUACGGUUUCAUGGACUCGUUAAGAUUGUCUUUUUUGCACUUAUUCGCGUACUUGCAUCCACUCCAGACCCAGUUGGACCAAGAGAAACACCCUCGAUUCGACCCCGGCUGGUAUCUGCCUAUCCGCUUCAUCGAGAAUGUAAUCCUCAUGACAUUGUGGAGUCUAAUUUUUCUCUCAUCUUCUACCUGGAACGAACCGACAUUCCUAGUUCCUUGGAUCGUCCAAAUUGGGACGAGUGUGUUCAGUUUCGUAUUUUUCUAUUUCUUGAAAACGGUUCAACAGAAAGAGGCCUAAUUAAUUUUCUAAAGAAGAAUUACCUUUAACGUGUAAAACACCAAAGUUUAUGUUUUGUUCUAAUAAACAUUUGAUGAUAAAGAA